AAAUAGUCUACCAAACUGCUGACAGAUUCGUUGGCACAUUAACAUUAAUUCUAGCAAGCAGUGUUUUACUACUCUUUGUCUUGGCGCAGUGAGUGUAGGGACAGUUGUGAGUGAAUACAAUGAAUCGGAAGAGAAACUACACUGCAUGCAUUUUGAACUUGAACAUAAUGCGGUUUAGUGCGACUGACGGUGGAAGCAAGUGUUCUGCCCUCCUGUGACGCAUUCAGGUGCCCCGUAUCCUUGAUCCCUUUGAUGCGUUCAAUUGUUCUCACCUAUUUGUCCAUGUGAUGCGUUUAUGUGUCCUGCUUUCCUUGGUCCCUGAGAUGCGUUCAACGGUCUUCUCUUCCUCGCCGCUCGGUCCCUGCGAUGCAUUCAAUUGUCCUGCCCUCUUUGCUCCAUGUGAUGAAUUCAAGUGUCUAAGGGGCGGAUAAGAUUUUCUCGAUAUCUUUCUUAGCCAAUAAUGUGGAGGGAAGUGUUGUUCCAAUCUCAGCUGGCAAACAUUUAAAGGGGAGACAGUACGGCGCUGGAGCAAUUUUUAUUAAACCCCGUACGUGCCCCCCACCCCUCCUCAAGUCUAUGGAGGACUUAGUCUCCCACCCUGCCACGGUCCCCGCAGUGUACAGUCGGCAGUGAUAGUGGGUGCCUGCCCACGGAAGGUGCUCUUGAGAACUGACAGGAUCCAAACUUCAGGAUUGCAGGAUGGCCAAGUCGACGCGUGUGAUCUGCAGCGUGUUGUUGAUCCUCGGCGCGCUGUCCUCUCCCGGGGAGUCCAAAAGAAACCGAGGCUCCCAGGGCGCCAUUCCUCAUCCCGACAAAAACAGCCCCAACGAGUCAGAGCGGCACCCUCGACCCCCGCAGGCCGGCUCCGGGCCCCGCCAGCGACACGGUUCGACCUCCCCGGCCGACGAGGUUCUGGAGUCCAGCCAGGAGGCUUUACAUGUGACCGAGCGGCAGUAUUUGAAACGGGACUGGUGCAAGACGCAGCCCCUCAAGCAGACCAUCCACGAGGAGGGCUGCGUCAGCCGCACCGUCAUCAACCGCUUCUGCUACGGACAGUGCAACUCCUUCUACAUCCCCAGACACAUCCGCAGGGAGGAGGGCGCCUUCCAGUCGUGCUCCUUCUGCAAACCCAAGCGCUUUACCACCAUGACUUUUACUUUGAACUGUCCCGACCUGCAGCCACCCACCAAGAAGAAACGCAUCCAGCGCGUCAAACAGUGCCGCUGUAUAUCCAUAGACCUGGACUAGCAGCCUGCACUCAAAUCAACCAUGACGAUAAUCUAGGCGCCCGUCUUUCGUCGUGAGGUACAGUCGUGUAUGUGUGAAAACAACAUUUACCGAUCACACCCAUCCCAAAAACAAAACAAAACAAACAAACAAACAAGAAGCCCUCAGACAAAUACACACGCCAUAAAAAGCUCUUGGACAAUAA